AUGAUUAAUCUUCGUAGUACUUUAUUUCUUGUGGCAAAUAUAUUUUUUCUUUUUUUAUAUUCCUUUAGCUGUCUUUAUAUUGAAGACACUAUUAAAAUUAAAAUUAAUAAUAUAAGAACAGGAGAUUUUAUAAAGAUAUGUUGUGAUGAUUUUUGUUCCUUUUUAGAUUAUGAUGUAAACAAAAAAACAUAUUUAUUUAUAAAAAAAAAUAACAUUAUUUUAUAUAAAUGUAAACACAUUUUAAAAGUAUAUAAUUCAAGAAAUUAUAUUUUUUAUUUCAUAAAUUAUAUUUUUUUAAAAAAUGAAAAUAGUAUAAUCGAAUUUGGCGACUCCUUUGAAAAUGAAAAAGGAAAUUUCACUUUUUGGAAACCAACUUUUGAAUUUAUGAAUAUAAAAAAUAAAUAUGUUUAUAUUCCUAAUGGCUAUUAUGAAAUAAAAAAGGUUAGCAGCAAUUGUAUAAAGUCAAACGAAUGGAAUGAAAAACAUAAAAGCAUAACCUCGUUUAUGCAAAUAAUUAAAGAUUUUAUUUUGGAAAUUAAAAAAGGAAACUUCAUAAUUUUUGAUAACAUAUAUAAACAGAAUGAACAGCUUACUAGUUCUAUUCUAUCAAAUUGCAAUAAAGAAAAAACAACGACUUAUAAUCCCACUACCUUCCCAAUGAUGACAGCAGGGAAGACAAAAAAUAUAUAUAUGACAAUCUAUGAAAUAUAUUAUUUAUUAAUAGAUGCAAUUUUUUAUAAGCCUUCCAUAUUAAUAAUUUCUUAUAUUUUACCCCUUUGGAAUUCAAUUUUUAAAAAAUAUAAUACAAGUCUAAAUGUAUAUCUAUAUAAUAACGAUAGCAACCAUUGUGGCUAUUGGGGGCAAGUAGAAAAGGAUAAAUGUAAUAAAUUUCUAAAAAUAAAUUUUAAUAAUAUUUCAAAAAAUGGAACAAUAAUAAUAUUACUUAUCGCAUUAAUAAUAUUUAUAUUGAAAAGAAAAACAUGGAAAACAAAAACUCAACAAAAUAGCAAAACACAAAACUCAAGAGUUAAUCAAAAUAUACUUGCUGAAAUACAUGUUGAAUAUAAGAAUAAAGUACAAACAAACUUUGGAUCGAAAAUAAAAGAUAUUACUGAUGAAGACUUAAUAAAUUUAAUAGCUCAUAACAAGGCAGAAACAAUAAUUGUAUGUCAACCGUAG